UUAAUCACAUUUGAACCAGCGACCGCAGAACUAGUUGUGCGUUUUUGUUAUAAACUGUGAAGUGUACAAAUAUUAUUUUUAAAUUAUAACUUAUUGUGCUUUAUUUAUUUAAAAAUGGCAAAUAGUGGAAUUAAACGUAACAUCCCAAUAAAAUUAGGCGAUUUUAGUGUUAUCGAUACUGAAUUUAGCAGUAUUCGUGAACGAUUUGAUGCUGAAAUGAGAAAAAUGGAAGAUGAAAUGAGCCGAUUUCGGCACGAACUUAUGAAUCGCGAAUCAAAUAAUUUCUUUAAAAGUACAACCAGCACAAAGACUUCAACAACACAAUCAUCAACACAAAAUGCAACCAGUGACUUAAAACCAACUGAAUCAAACACAUGGUUAGACUCAUUAAACUCUCCAUUAAUCCAAGAUGAAGGCGACAACAAAUGCCUGAAAUUACGAUUUGAUGUUAGUCAGUAUGCACCAGAAGAAAUUGUCGUCAAAACCGUUGAUAAUAAAUUACUUGUUCACGCCAAACAUGAAGAAAAAUCCGACACAAAAUCAGUUUACAGAGAGUACAACCGAGAAUUUAUAUUACCAAAAGGUACAAAUCCCGAAACAAUCAAGAGUUCAUUGAGCAAAGAUGGUGUACUAACAGUGGACGCCCCUCUUCCAGCAUUAGCCGGUGAAACUCGUAUCCCAAUCGCCCAUAAUUAGUGUCGUUUUGUUUUUUUCUUCUACUUUUUUUUUUUCUAUUUUUA